UGCCCUUUCUCUUCGGACCCUUAUUUCUUCCUCACGGUGCCCAGGCCCAUUUUGACCCUGUCGGCCCCGGCACCCCUCCGCCGCACCCCAGCCCCGAGCAUGGGGACGGCGCUUCUCCAGCGCGGGGGCUGCUUUGUCCUGUGCCUCUCGCUGCUGCUCCUGGGCUGCUGGGCAGAGCUGGGCAGCGGGCUGGAGUUCCCGGGCGCCGAGGGCCAGUGGACGCGCUUCCCCAAGUGGAACGCCUGCUGCGAGAGCGAGAUGAGCUUCCAGCUCAAGACGCGCAGCGCCCGCGGCCUGGUGCUCUACUUCGACGACGAGGGCUUCUGCGACUUCCUGGAGCUGAUCCUGACGCGCGGCGGCCGCCUGCAGCUCAGCUUCUCCAUCUUCUGCGCCGAGCCCGCCACGCUCCUGGCCGACACGCCGCUCAAUGACGGCGCCUGGCACACCGUGCGCAUCCGCCGCCAGUUCCGCAACACCACGCUCUUCAUCGACCAGGCGGAGGCCAAGUGGGUGGAGGUCAAGUCCAAGCGCAGGGACAUGACGGUGUUCAGCGGCCUGUUCGUCGGCGGGCUGCCCCCGGAACUGCGCGCCGCGGCCCUCAAGCUCACGCUGGCCUCGGUGAGGGAGCGGGAGCCCUUCAAAGGGUGGAUUCGCGACGUGAGGGUCAACUCGUCGCAGGUCCUGCCCGUGGACAGCGGCGAGGUGAAGUUGGACGACGAGCCGCCCAACAGCGGCGGCGGGAGCCCGUGCGAGGCGGGCGACGAGGGCGAGGGCGGGGUGUGCCUCAACGGGGGCGUGUGCUCCGUGGUGGACGACCAGGCCGUGUGCGACUGCUCGCGGACCGGCUUCCGCGGCAAGGACUGCAGCCAAGGUAAGGCCCGACGCCCGGGCCACCGACCGGGGGCCACGGCCUGGGCAGGGCGUGAGGUGGGCAGGGCGAGGCAGGCGGGGCCGGGCUGGUGCAUGGGGUCUUCCUUCUCUGGACAGUUUGUGGCAGUUCGUUUCGAGGUGAAGGCCUGUUUCUGGAGGCCUCUCUGCCUCACCACCUCCCACAGCUCCUCCAUUGCCAUCCUCUUAAUGACCGAGCAGCCCCAACUCCGAGGUUGA